AUGCUACUCGACGGUGGCUUCCGCGUAGUCGCGCCCGACAUGUUGGGCUACGGUGACUCGGCACGUCUCCCCGACGCGCCUGGCGUUCCCCCGGAGUCGAUUCGUGUCUACGCCUACAAAAACGUUGCCGACGAUAUUCGCGAAUUGGCCAGACAGUUGGAAUGCACCACGAUCAUCCUCGGAGGGCAUGAUUGGUACUACUCUCUGGCCCCGUUUCUGCCUUCGUCGCCCGCUCGCUCAUCGCUUGUGAAUGAUAGGGGUGCUCAGGUCGCAUGGCGUGUCGCACAAUGGCACCCAUCCUUAGUCUCGCGACUGUUCACCAUCGCCGGCCCAUAUCGCCGGCCUACCUCGCAUUGGACUUCCUUUGACGACCUGGUCAAGGCCGUGCCUCAACUCGCAUACCAAAAGCAGAUUGCUAGCGGCAUACUCGAGCAGACAUUCUGCACGACGGAAGGUAUCAGGGACUUUUUGAAGAUACUGGAUUUCAGUGGCGAUGCGCAGAAUCAGACUGCCUUCGAGCCUACGCGAGGUUUCGACCUGGAGCACCUGCAACGACUGGGCAAGGGCAGCCUUCUGACCGAUCAGGAACUCGAGGUCUACGUGGCGAAGUACUCCCGAAACGGCUUGCACGGGCCAUGCAACUGGUAUCGGACGCGCCGCGCAAACUUCGAAGACGAUCAGUCUCUCCUGGGCUCCACCAUCGACAUUCCUGUCCUCUACAUUGCGGCCGCGCGCGAUCGUGUCUUCUCGCCUUCACUCACGCACGAUAUGGAGCAAUGUGUUCCCCAGUUGCUCCGGGCUUCUGUUGAUGCGCACCACUAUGCUCACGUGGAGAAGUGGCAGGAUGUGAACGGCAUUCUCUCCGCGUGGCUUCGCGCGGAGUUUCAUGGUUCGGCUAGUCUAGUGGCUAGAACUAGCUUAGCAUGA